AUGCCACUUGACGAACAAGCAACUGAACCGCGUAGAAAAAGAGCCAAGAUAGUGAGUGCUUGUGGCGAAUGUAGACGAAAGAAAACAAAAUGUAACGGAGAGACCCCAUGUCGAAAUUGUGAAAAGUCAGGAGUUCCUUGCAUUUAUCCCUCUACCAGUGUCAACGACGAUAAAAGAAACGCUCCUAGUAAAGCAGCCCUGGAGGCCAUUGAGGAACGUUUAAAGACUAUAGAAGAUAUGUUGCGAACUAUCAUUCGAUCUCAAAACUUGUUAAUCGUUGAUGAGAGCGCAGCCAACUUUCCUCACAGAGACUCUAAAUCAUCAGCAUCUUCUGUUUCUUCUCCUCCACUCAUGCCUCAAACUAUGCAUACUCCUCCUCCACCACCUUCACCUUCACCUUCAAAUAGGUUACCUUCUAUCCACAGUCUAUCCUCCUCAUAUCCAGCUGAACCCAAACUGGAACAUAGAGAUCUCCCUCCUUUAGGAUUUCAAAACUACAACUAUCCCAACAAUUGUAAAUAUCAGCCAGAGAAUGAAGGUUAUAUGAAAAAACGCAAGCUAUGA